UUUAAUCAUUCUCUAUUGAGAAACUCGAGAGGAAUCAUGCCUGAACCCGCCAAGUCCGCGCCCAAGAAGGGCUCCAAGAAAGCCGUCACCAAGACCGCCGGCAAAGGAGGCAAGAAGAAGAGAAAGACCAGGAAGGAGAGCUACGCCAUCUACGUCUACAAGGUGCUCAAGCAGGUCCACCCCGACACCGGCAUCUCCUCCAAGGCCAUGAGCAUCAUGAACUCCUUCGUCAACGACAUCUUCGAGCGCAUCGCCUCCGAGGCGUCUCGUCUGGCUCACUACAACAAGCGCUCCACCAUCACCUCCAGGGAGAUCCAGACCGCUGUGCGCCUCCUGCUGCCCGGAGAGCUGGCCAAGCACGCCGUGUCUGAGGGCACCAAGGCCGUCACCAAGUACACUAGCUCCAAGUAAAAAGGACUGCGGUCAACAAACAAACCCAACGGCUCUUUUAAGAGCCACCCACAUGAUCUGAAGAGCUUAUAUUCCUUGUUGUAGAUGUAAAUGUUCAUGUUGUGACAUUAAAUUUAAAUGCUGUUGCAGAAUAGUUUUAUGUUUAUGAACAUAAAAACUACAAAUGUACUACAAAAUGUGUAUAAAGAGGAGACUGGUGCAUAUAACAUUAAAGGAACUGAUUUCACAGAAAAAGGAGCAGUCACAUCAGUGAACAUGAGUGCUGUGAGUGGUGCUGAACACAAUUCAGAGAAAACCACUGGAGAUCGCUUUUUGCUGAUUCAUGUAAAAAUAAUGGUAACUUUGUGCAUUAAAAACCCCGGGAUUAAUUUAAAUAAAAGCAUUUUGAAAUGUUGCCUUGUACCCAUAGCUAUAUUAUCAUUGGAUGGAGCGUUGUGUGAGAUCACUAGUAAAUUUUGCUCUGACAAGUCAAUCAAUUAAAAAAAAAAAUCACAAAAAA